UCGCCAGGUACAGAGGCACUAUGCAACCUCCUCCUCUGAUAAAACACACGACCUCCUUUUAUCAGGGGACAAUGCUUACUACGUGCAUGAAAUGUACACUCGGUGGAAGGAGGACCCCAAGUCUGUCCACCCGUCAUGGGAUGUGUACUUCUCGGGGCACAAGGAGCCCAAGCCUGCUCGGACGAGGCCUUCAGCAUCGGGAUCGGACCUUGUACGUGAGGAAGGGGAGGGGGAGACAGAGCCUCAGGUGAUGCCCCUAGCUGGAGGAGUGCCUAGUCUACAUUUCUCUGGAGGGACGGAGGUGUCGGACCAUUUGAAGGUACAACUGCUCGUCCGUGCAUAUCAAGUCCGGGGCCACCAUAUUGCCAACCUCGACCCGCUCGGGAUAAACGACGCAGACCUGGACGACGCCAUCCCUGUUGAGCUGACGAUUGAGCACUAUGGCUGGUCGGAGCGGGAUCUUGACAAGGUGAUCCAUCUGGGGCCUAGUCUUCUUCCGAGAUUUGCAACAGGAGGAAGGAGUACGAUGACUAUUCGUGAGAUAAUCGAUAAUCUCAAGAGCAUAUAUUGCGGACCCAUUGGCUUCCAAUACGUGCAUAUCCCCUCGAAAGAAGAAUGUGACUGGAUCCGAGAGCGAGUCGAGCUCCCCGUCAUCUGGGACUAUACGACCGACGAAAAACGAAUGAUCCUCGACCGGCUGAUCUGGUCCGAGUCGUUCGAGCAGUUCAUGGCAUCCAAGUACCCGAACGAGAAACGGUUCGGACUCGAAGGGUGUGAGUCCCUCAUUCCGGGAAUGAAGACUCUCGUGGACCGUUCGGUAGAACAUGGUGUUAAGGACGUGGUCAUCGGCAUGCCCCAUCGUGGGCGGUUGAAUGUCCUCGCGAACGUUAUCCGAAAGCCGCUCGAAGCGAUCUUGCACGAGUUCUCUGGGGAUGUGUCGCCAGACGAUGACGCUGGCGGAGAUGUCAAGUAUCAUCUUGGGGCCAACUACGUCCGUCCUACUCCCUCGGGGAAGAAAGUCUCCCUCUCGCUCGUCGCUAACCCAUCACAUCUCGAAUCCGAGAACCCUGUCGUGCUGGGCAAGACACGUGCUCUUCAGCACAUAGCCAACGACGAGAACGAACACGAAACGGCUCUGGGUGUGCUCAUGCACGGCGAUGCGGCCUUUGCGGGCCAGGGCGUCGUAUAUGAGACUAUCGGCUUCCACGACCUGCCGAACUUCAGCACAGGCGGGACGAUCCACCUUAUCGUUAACAACCAGAUUGGAUUCACAACCGAUCCCCGAUUCUCGCGAUCUACCCCGUACCCGUCUGAUAUUGCCAAGACCAUCGACGCGCCUAUUUUCCAUGUGAAUGCGGACAACGUCGAGGCUGUCAAUUUUGUUGCCCAGCUUGCGGCUGACUGGCGUGCGAAAUGGAAGAAGGACGUCGUCAUCGAUCUUGUGUGCUAUCGCCGCUAUGGGCAUAACGAAACAGACCAGCCUAGUUUCACGCAACCUAGGAUGUACAAAGCGAUCGAGAAGCAGCCAACCGUGCUAACGCAGUACACCAAGCAGCUGAUUGCAAACAAGAGCUUCGCUGAGAAGGACAUCGAAGAGCACAAGAAAUGGGUAUGGGGAAUGCUUGAAAAGGGCGCAGCCGCGAGCGAGCAGUACAAACCCUCGUCCCGGGAGUGGCUCUCUUCCCCCUGGCAGGGAUUCCCCUCUCCCAAAGAACUGGCGGAGAAGGUCUUACCACAGUCCGAGACGGGCGUUGAGAUCGACAUCCUCAAGCAUAUCGGCAAAGUUAUCUCCUCCUGGCCUGAGGGAUUCAACCCACAUCGUAAUCUGGCUCGAAUCUUGCAGACUCGUGGCAAAGCUAUUGAAGCCGGCGAAGGUAUCGACUGGCCCACUGCAGAGGCUCUCGCAUUCGGAACGCUAGCGCUCGAGAAGAUUCAUGUACGGCUUACUGGCCAAGAUGUCGAGCGUGGGACGUUCUCCCAGAGACAUGCGGUGAUCCACGACCAACAGACCGAGCAGCAAUACGUUCCGCUGAACAACCUUGGCGGUGAUCAGGCCGCCUUCGUCGUUGCCAAUUCCAGUUUGUCGGAAUACGGUGCGCUUGGCUUUGAGCUCGGUUACUCACUCGUCUCUCCCGAUGCUCUGUCGAUCUGGGAAGCACAGUUUGGUGACUUCGCCAAUGGUGCACAGGUCAUCAUCGAUCAGUACAUCGCUGCUGGGGAGCGCAAGUGGGCGCAGCGUACAGGUCUCGUUAUGAGUCUUCCUCACGGUUUCGAUGGCCAAGGUCCGGAGCAUUCCAGCGGUCGUAUGGAGCGAUUCUUGCAACUCUGUGAUGAUCAACCGAACAUCUACCCCUCGGAAGAAAAACUUUCACGACAGCAUCAGGAUUGCAACAUCCAGAUUGUGUAUCCUACGACCCCCGCUAACCUCUUCCAUGUCCUGAGACGACAGAUCUACCGCGACUUCCGCAAGCCUUUCAUUUUAUUCUUUUCCAAAUCUCUCCUUCGUCACCCUAUGGCACGUUCAAAGUUGGAAGAAAUGACUGGCAACACGCAAUUCCAGAGGUACAUCCCUGACCCCCAUCCGGACAGCCUUGUGCCACCGGAGGAAAUCAGGAAGCACAUCUUGUGCACUGGUCAGAUCUACUACCAGCUGCUUAAGGAGAGAGAAGAUCGCGGAAUUAAAGACAUCGCGAUCAGCCGUGUGGAGCAGUUAUCCCCCUUCCCUUAUGACCUGCUCACGCCUCACUUGGAUAAGUAUCCCAACGCCGAGCUACAGUGGCUCCAGGAAGAGCCGUUUAACAACGGUGCGUUCACAUAUGUGGCACCACGUCUAAGGACGGCUGGAAAGGCAACCGAGCAUCAUAAGGGCAAGGUCAUCCAGUACGGAGGACGCACACCCUACUCGUCCGUCGCGACGGGUAGCAAGGGUGUCCACAAGAAAGAAACCGAAUCGUAUCUGAACCAAGCGUUUGGCCCUCGCGAGAAUACGGAGUAGGCAACAAUGUGCAAGUAUGGCGAAUUCCACUGUCUUGAAUUAUUUCCCGGUGUGGAAAAAUACGCAAUGUGUAUAAAUACAUAGGAAGGAAUGUGCCAAAUAUCAUAUAAC